AUGACGAUAGAGAUGGCCUCGCUGGAGGAUCGGUUCCAGGUCCUCAAGGAGGUCGGCGAUGGCAGCUUCGGCAGCGUCGCCCUGGCCAGAGUGCGCACCGCAGGCUCAAAUGUCGCCCGUCGAGGGACCAUGGUCGCCAUCAAGACGAUGAAGAAGACGUACAACUCCUUCACCGAGUGUCUGGAUCUCCGCGAGGUCGUCUUCCUGCGCUCGCUGCCGCAACACCCGCACCUGGUGCCCGCGUAUGACAUCUUCCUCGACCCGGGUACCAAGAAGCUGCACAUCUGCAUGGAGUACAUGGACGGCAACCUCUACCAGCUCAUGAAGGCGCGAGAACACAAGCCCCUCGAGCCCAAGGCCGUCAAGUCCAUACUCUUCCAGAUCCUGUCUGGCCUCGACCACAUACACGCCCACCAGUUCUUCCACCGCGACAUCAAGCCCGAGAACAUACUCGUCUCCAGCAACACUUCGCUCGAGUCCUCCUCGUCCACCUUCAGCCGCUACUCCCAUCUCGUCACGCCGCCCUCUACGCCCUCAAACUACACCGUCAAGAUCGCUGAUUUCGGCCUCGCCCGCGAGACGCACUCGAAACGGCCGUACACAAACUACGUUUCAACGCGGUGGUACCGCGCUCCCGAGGUGCUGCUCAGAGCCGGUGCUUACUCCGCUCCAGUCGAUAUGUGGGCUGUUGGCGCCAUGGCAGUCGAAAUAGCUACCCUGAAGCCCCUUUUCCCCGGCAAGAACGAGAUCGACCAGGUAUGGCGCGUGUGCGAGAUCAUGGGCUCGCCUGGCAACUGGUACAGCAAGAACGGUGCCAGAGUCGGCGGUGGUGAAUGGCGAGAUGGAAUCAAACUCGCUCAACGGCUCGGUUUCUCGUUUCCAAAAGUGAGCUUUUCGCCUUUUAUCUAUUCUACCCCUUCUAUUGACCCUUUAUUUUUUUUUUUUAUUUUUUUUCCCUAUGUGUAUGAUGUACUGACCAUGCAGAUGGCUCCCCAUGCACUGGAAACAAUUCUCCCAACCACACACUGGCCGCUCGCUCUUAGCCAGUUUGUGACAUGGUGUCUUAUGUGGGACCCCAAGGCUCGUCCUACCUCGACUCAGGCCCUCAAUCAUGAAUACUUCACAGACGCCGUCGAUCCGCUACGGCCCAAGUCGUCUACUGCUCGUCUACUCGGCCGCCGCCAGAGCGAUAAGAACUUCAAGGUUAAGGAUGUCGAUGCGCCCACACCAACAUUAGUCUCGAAGCCAUCAUGGUUCAGACGGUCCAUUAUCGGAGCUACUGGACGAGAGAGCCCGGCUCUGGCUAACAUGGCUGAGAACAACUCGGAGCAAACAUCUACAAACGAACAGCAGGCUACCAUGGUAAAGGUCAGUCCCGAAGUGGCCGUACAAGUACAGGUCAAAACAAAAUCGAAGCGUGCUACUUGGGCAAACGGUGCUCCCAUGCCCAUCCUUCCAUCCAUACGGCCUGUGUCACCCCUCUCCAAUGCCGUCACAGCCCAGGGCAACUCCCACGCGAACAACACCAACGCCAAUUCUCCAGACAGAAAGGCAGCAAACCAAAACGGCAUACAGCAGACCAAUCCGGCUGCGUCCAAGAAAGUGGCUCGCCAGCUGUCCGUCAACAGCAAUGGGAAUCACUAUUCAGAUGCCCAUCGAGCAGAGGCAGAACGUGCUCUCAACGGGUCUACGGCUACCACACCCACCCAGAAAGAAAGUUUCUUCUCUCAUCUACGGAAACGGGCUCGUCGGUUAUCUGGAAGAAAUCAGACUACUAUUCCAGCAGAUGACGUGGAGGCUAAUGCUGCUAGUGCUGCCUGGUCUGGUCCUACAUCCAACCGGUCGAGCAUGGCCAUCGACCCCAUCACCACCAGCCCGAUAGCAAAGCAGUCAUCUAUGGCCAAGGGGAAAAAUGGAUUUGCGGAUCUCGAUAAGGCCCUGCAGGAUGUCAAAUAUUCGCUGGAUAAGGCCUCUAGUCCCCAGGCGACUAGCGUCGCCGCUAUCAGCCAGAUCCCUUCUCCUGCCCAAAGUGUGUCAAACACUGCUCAGAAUCCUGCAACUGGACCCAUAUCCAGUCGGACUCGACGUGCUCUGCAGCUGUCCUCUCGUCCUGUUCAACGGUACGAAACACCAGAGGAGGAAGAUGAACUCCUCCAGGAGGUGCUCUACUCUACCUCCAACGCUGCCAGGCAUCUGCUAGCCGAUCAGCCUGAGCCGCCUAGCGACGAACACAUCUACCACCAACAGCAGCGACAGCACCAUCUGCAGCAACAACAACAACGACAGCAGCAGCAGCAGCAGCAACAGCAGGCAUCAAACACAUACCCAUUCAUCGACACCGACCUCGACACACAAAUGCAUCAUACUCCAUCAAUACGGACAGUGGAUGACAGCUGUCGGGCGGGUCACAAUCCAUAUCCUACCCCUUCUCCGACUGCCAGACGCGACGGGCUGGGCAUGAACAUGGGUAUGAACAUGGGCAUGGGUAUUGGCCUCGCGCUGACUCCUGACGAAACGCCCUCGAAACCAAUGGCCAAGGGAUUUGUCACCACAAACCUAGGGAAUCGACAAGGUCCCACGCCUCCGUACGAUGACAAUCAAUGGCCUAGCGCCGUCGGCGUAGGUGGCUUUUGA